AUGAAGUUAUUUACCUCUGAAGAAAAAGUCGACAUGAUUUUUGUAUACCGUGAGUGUAACAAUAAUAGUCGAAAAUCACUGGAGUUAUAUAGAAAAAGAUUUCCUACUAGAAAUCAACCUUCCCGAAUGAUUUUCUCACAUUUAGUAAAUUGCUUAAAGAAAACUGGUCAUUUUCCCGACGGAAAACAUCAGUCGCACAUGAGAAAUGUGACCCAUAUUGCGGCAGAAGAAAAUGUAAUUACAUAUUUUAUAGCAUUUCCGAAUACAUCUUUAUUAAAAGCAUCUGAAGAUCUUGGUAUACCAAAAAAAUCAGUACACAGAAUUCUAAAAAGGCAAAAUAUGUUUCCUUAUAAAAUUCAUAUAGUUCAACAUCUUCGUGCUACUGAUUAUGAUAAACGUAUGAAUUUCAUUGCUUGGUUUAAGGUUAUAAUGGAAGAUGAUCCUUCACUUAUAAAUAAAAUAUUAUGGACCGAUGAAUAUAAGUUCCAAAAUAAUGGCAUAUUGAACCGUCAAAAUUCUCGGUAUUGGAGUGAAAAAAAUCCUUGUUGGAUGAGAGAAAGUAAAUUUCAAGUCAUGUGGAGUAUAAAUGUGUGGUGUGGAAUUAUAGGUGAUACUAGGUGA